AUUCUGCUCGAAAGUGAGACAUCCUAGGACCCCAGAACCCCAGAAACAUUCAGCCAAACCCGCCUCCGCCAUGGGGGCCGUGACUCCGCUGUUGGCGGGCCUCUUCCUAGCUUUGCUCGCUCUCCCUACAGAAGGGGGGGUCCUCAAGAAAGUCAUCCGGCACAAGCGACAGAGUCAGGUGAACGUCACCCUGCCAGAGGAAAACCAGCCAGUGGUGUUCAACCACGUCUACAACAUCAAGCUGCCUGUAGGGUCCCAGUGCUCGGUGGACCUGGAAUCAGCCAGUGGGGAGAAGGACUUGGCUCCAGCGUCAGAGCCCAGAGAAAGCUUCCAGGAGCACACCGUAGACAGGGAAAACCAGAUCGUCUUCACGCACCGCAUCAACAUCCCCCGCCGGGCCUGUGGCUGUGCCCCGGCUCCGGACGUCAAGGAGCUUCUGCGCAGGCUGGAGGAGCUGGAGAACCUGGUGUCGUCCCUGCGGGAGCAGUGCACGGCAGGAGCAGGCUGCUGUCUCCAACCUGCUGAAGGUCGCCUGGACACCAGGCCCUUCUGCAGUGGCCGUGGCAACUUUAGCACAGAAGGAUGUGGCUGUGUUUGUGAACCUGGCUGGAAAGGCCCCAACUGCUCUGAGCCUGAAUGUCCAGGCAACUGUCACCUGCGAGGCCAGUGCCUCGCUGGACAAUGCAUCUGUGAUGAGGGCUUCUCUGGGGAAGACUGCAGCCAGCUGGCCUGCCCCAGUGACUGCAAUGACCAGGGCAAGUGCUUGGACGGGGUCUGCGUGUGUUUCGAAGGUUAUGCAGGGGCUGACUGCAGCCAGGAGGUCUGCCCGGUGCCCUGCAGCGAGGAGCACGGCCAGUGCGUGGAUGGCCGGUGCGUGUGCCACGAUGGCUUCGCGGGUGACGACUGCCGCGAGCCCCUGUGCCUCAACAACUGCCACAACCGUGGGCGGUGCGUUGAGAAUGAGUGUGUGUGCGACGAGGGCUUCACUGGCGAAGACUGCGGCGAGCUCAUCUGCCCCAACGACUGUUUUGACCGCGGCCGCUGCGUCAACGGCUCCUGCUUCUGUGAGGAAGGCUUCACAGGCGAGGACUGCAGCCAGCUCACCUGCCCGAACGCCUGCAGCGGCCAGGGCCGGUGCCAGGUGGGCCAGUGCGUGUGCGACGAGGGCUUUGCGGGCGCGGACUGCAGCGAGAAGAGGUGUCCUGCUGAUUGUCACCACCGCGGUCACUGCACUGACGGGCAGUGUGAGUGUGAUGAUGGCUUCACAGGAGCCGACUGCAGUGAGCUCCAGUGUCCCAACGGCUGCAGUGGCCAUGGCCACUGCGUGAACGGGCAGUGUGUGUGUGACGAGGGCCACACUGGGGAGGAUUGCAGCCAGCUGCGGUGCCCCAACGACUGUAACAGCCGGGGCCGCUGUGUGCAGGGCAGGUGUGUGUGUGAGCAAGGCUUUCAGGGCUAUGACUGCAGUGACAUGAGCUGCCCCAGUGACUGCCACCAGCAUGGCCGCUGUGUGAACGGCAUGUGCGUCUGUGACGACGGCUACACAGGUGAAGACUGCCGGGACCGGCGAUGUCCCAGGGAUUGCAGCAGCCGGGGCCGCUGUGUGGAUGGGCAGUGUAUGUGUGAGGAUGGCUUCACUGGCCCCGACUGUUCAGAGCUCUCCUGCCCCAGUGACUGCCACGGCCAGGGCCGCUGCGUGGAUGGCCAGUGCGUGUGUCAUGAUGGCUUCACGGGCAAAGACUGCAAGGAAAGAAGGUGCCCCAGCGACUGUCACGGCCAGGGCCGCUGUGAGGACGGCCAGUGUAUCUGUCACGAGGGCUUCACUGGCCCGGACUGUGGGCAGCGCUCCUGCCCCAAUGACUGCAGUAACUGGGGGCAGUGCGUCACCGGCCGCUGCAUUUGCAGUGAGGGCCACACUGGGGAAGACUGCUCUGAGGUGUCCCCUCCCAAAGAACUCAUCGUGACCGAAGUGACAGAAGAGACCGUAAACCUGGCCUGGGACAAUGAGAUGCGGGUCACCGAGUACCUCGUCAUAUACACACCCACCCACGAGGAUGGCCUGGAGAUGCAGUUCCGUGUCCCUGGGGACCAGACGUCCACCACCAUCCAGGAGCUGGAGCCCGGCGUGGAGUACUUCAUCCGUGUGUUCGCCAUCCUGGAGAACAAGAAGAGCAUCCCCGUCAGCGCCAGGGUGGCCACUUACUUGCCAGCACCUGAAGGCCUAAAAUUCAAGUCCAUCAAGGAGACAUCUGUGGAAGUGGAGUGGGAUCCUCUGGACAUUGCUUUUGAAACGUGGGAGAUUAUCUUCCGGAAUAUGAAUAAAGAAGAUGAGGGAGAGAUCACCAAAAGCCUGCGGAGGCCAGAGACCACCUACCGGCAAACUGGCCUUGCCCCGGGGCAGGAGUACGAGAUAUCUCUGCACAUCGUGAAAAACAAUACCCGGGGCCCAGGUCUGAAAAGGGUAACAACCACCCGCUUGGAUGCCCCCAGCCAGAUAGAGGUGAAAGAUGUCACGGACACCACUGCUCUGGUCACCUGGUCCAAGCCGUUGGCUGAGAUCGACAGCAUCGAACUCUCCUAUGGGAUCAAAGAUGUGCCGGGCGACCGGACCACCAUUGAUCUCACACACGAUGAGAACCAAUACUCCAUCGGGAACCUGAAGCCAGACACUGAGUACGAGGUGUCCCUCAUCUCCCGCAGGGCUGACAUGUCCAGCAAUCCGGCCAAAGAGACCUUCACAACAGGCCUGGACGCCCCAAGGAACCUCCGCCGCAUCUCCCAGACAGACACCAGCAUCACCCUGGAAUGGAAGAACGGCAAGGCCGCCGGCGACACUUACAGAAUCAAGUACGCACCCAUCUCCGGAGGGGACCACGCUGAGGUUGAGGUGCCAAGGAGUCCCCACGCCACAACCAAAACCACGCUCACUGGUCUGAGGCCAGGAACUGAAUAUGGGAUUGGAGUGUCUGCUGUAAAGGGAGACAAGGAGAGCGACCCAGCCACCAUCAACGUGGCCACAGACAUAGAUGCACCCAGGGGCCUUCGGGUUUCUGAAACUACGGACACGAACCUGACCCUGCUCUGGAGGGCACCAUUGGCCAAGUUUGACCGUUACCGCCUCAACUACAGCUUUCCUUCAGGCCAGCCAGUGGAGGUGCCGCUUCCCAGGGACACCACCUCCUAUGUGCUGAGAGACCUGCAGCCGGGGCAGGAAUACACCAUCCUCCUCACAGCGGAGAAGGGCAGGCACAAGAGCAAGCCGGCGCGUGUGAAGGCAGCCACAGACGCCAUCCCUGAGCUGGAAAACCUCUCCGUGACUGAGGCUGGCUGGGAUGGCCUCAGACUCGACUGGACCGCAGCUGACCAAGCCUAUGAGCACUUUGUCGUUCAGGUGCAGGAGGCCAACAGAGUGGAGGCAGCCCAGAACCUCACCGUGCCUGGCAGCCUGCGGGCCGUGCACGUCCCUGGCCUCAAGGCCGCCACCCCGUAUAGAGUUACCAUCUAUGGGGUGAUCCGGGGCCAUAGAACACCAGUGCUUUCUGCUGACGCCUCCACAGGGGAAACCCCCAAUUUGGGAGAGGUCACGGUGUCCAAGGUGGGCUGGGAUGCCCUCAGGCUCGACUGGACUGCUCCACCAGGAGCCUAUGAACAGUUUUUCAUUCAUGUGCAGGAGGCUGACACAGUAGAGGCAGCCCAGAACCUCACAGUCCCAGGAGGGCAGAGGUCUGUGGACUUACCUGGACUCAAAACAGCUACUCGUUAUAACAUCACCAUCCACGGGGUCACCCAGGACUUCAGCACAACCCCUCUCUCUGUUGAGGUCUUAACAGAGGAGGUUCCAGAUCUGGGAAACCUCACAGUGAACAAGGUUAGCUGGGAUGCCCUCAUCCUGGACUGGACAGCCCCCGAUGGCAUCCAUGAUCAGUUUGUUGUUGAGGUCCAGGAGGGUGACCGGGCAGGGGAAGCUCGGAGUCUCACAGUUCCUGGCAACCUGCGCUCUGUGGAAAUCCCAGGCCUCAGGGCUGGAACCCCUUACACUAUCAGCCUGCACGGCGAGGUCAGGGGCCGCCGCACUCGACCCCUUGCUGUGGAGGUCAUCACAGAGGAGCUCCCUCAGCUGGGAGACUUAGCUGUGACUGAGACUGGCUGGGAUGGCCUCAGACUCGACUGGACCACAGCUGACCAAGCCUAUGAGCACUUUGUCAUUCAGGUGCAGGAGGCCAACAGAGUGGAGGCAGCCCAGAACCUCACAGUGCCCGGCAGCCUGCGGACCGUGCACGUCCCUGGCCUCAAGGCCGCCACCCCAUAUAGAGUUACCAUCUAUGGGGUGAUCCAGGGCCAUAGAACACCAGUGCUCUCUGCUGACGCCUCCACAGCUGGAGAACCUGAAGUUGGAAACUUAAAUGUUUCCAGCGUAACUCCUGAAAGCUUCAAUCUCUCCUGGACAGCUACCGAUGGAGCCUUCGAGACUUUUACCAUUGAAAUUGUUGAUUUCAAUAGGUUCCUAGAGACGAUGGAAUAUAAUAUCUCUGGUGCUGAACGAACUGCCCACAUCUCAGGGCUACGGCCCAAUAAUGAUUUUAUUAUCUACCUCUCUGGAGUCGCUCCCAGCAUCCGGACUAAAACCAUCAGUGCCACAGCCACCACAGAGGCCCUGCCCCUUCUGGAAAACCUAACCAUUUCCGACAUUAAUCCCUACGGGUUCACAGUUUCCUGGAUGGCAUCGGAGAAUGCCUUUGACAGCUUCCUAGUAACGGUGAUGGAUUCUGGGAAGCUUCUGGACCCCCAAGAAUUCACACUUUCAGGAACCCAGAGGAAGCUGGAGCUUAGAGGCCUCAUAACUGGCAUUGGCUAUGAGGUUAUGGUCUCUGGCUUCAUCCAAGGGCAUCAGACCAAGCCCUUGAGGGCUGAGAUUGUUACAGAAGCCGAGCCAGAAGUUGACAACCUUCUGGUUUCCGAUGCCACUCCAGACGGUUUCCGUCUGUCCUGGACAGCUGAUGAAGGGGUCUUCGACAGUUUUGUUCUCAAAGUCAGAGAUACCAAAAAGCAGUCUGAGCCACUGGAAAUAACCCUUCUUGCCCCCGAACGUACCAGGGACAUAACAGGUCUCAAAGAGGCCACUGAAUACGAAAUUGAACUCUAUGGAACAAGCAGUGGAAGGCGAUCCCAGCCAAUCAGUGCCAUAGCAACAACAGCCAUGGGCUCCCCGAAGGAAAUCAUUUUCUCAGACAUCACUGAGAACUCGGCCACUGUCAGCUGGCUCGCACCCACUACCCAGGUGGAGAGCUUCCGGAUUACCUACGUGCCCAUUGCAGGAGGUACACCCUCAGUGAUAACGGUGGGUGGAACUGAGCCCCAGACCAGGCUGGUGAGGCUCCUGCCUGGCACCGAGUACCUCGUCAGCAUCAUCGCCAUGAAGGGCUUCGAGGAAAGCGAACCCAUCUCAGGAUCGUUCACCACAGCUCUGGAUGGCCCAUCUGGCCUGAUGACAGCCAACAUCACCAGCUCGGGAGCCUUGGCCACAUGGCAGCCAGCCAUUGCCCCUGUGGACAGUUACGUCAUCUCCUACACAGGGGAGAAAGUGCCAGAAAUCACACGCACGGUGUCCGGGAACAUGGUGGAGUAUGCUCUGACAGACCUCGAGCCUGCCACGGAAUACACGCUGAGGAUCUUUGCAGAGAAGGGGCCCCAGAAGAGUUCAAUCAUCUCUACCAAGUUCACAACAGACCUUGAUCCUCCAAGAGACUGGACUGCUGCUGAAGUUCAGUCAGAAACUGCCCUCCUCACCUGGCGACCCCCCAGGGCAUCUGUCACCGGUUACCUAUUGGUGUAUGAAUCCGUGGACGGUACAGUCAAGGAAGUCAUUGUGGGUCCAGAUACCACCUCCUACAGCCUGGCAGAGCUGAGCCCAUCCACUCACUACACAGCCAAGAUCCAGGCAUUGAACGGGCCUCUGAGGAGCAGGCUGGUUCAGACCUUCUUUACCACAAUUGGACUCCUGUACCCGUUCCCCAGAGACUGCUCCCAAGCAAUGCUGAAUGGAGACACCACCUCUGGCCUCUACACCAUCUAUCUGAAUGGCGACAAGGCCCAGCCUCUGGAAGUCUUCUGUGACAUGACCUCAGAUGGGGGUGGAUGGAUCGUGUUCCUGAGACGCAAAAAUGGACGUGAGGAUUUCUAUCGAAACUGGAAAGCCUAUGCUGCUGGGUUUGGGGACCGCAGAGAAGAAUUCUGGCUUGGGCUGGACAACCUGAACAAAAUCACAGCCCAGGGUCAGUAUGAGCUCCGGGUGGACCUGCGGGACCACGGGAAGACAGCCUACGCCGUCUACGACAAGUUCAGUGUGGGAGACGCCAAGACGCGCUACAAGCUGAAGGUGGAGGGCUACAGUGGUACAGCAGGUGACUCUAUGGCCUACCACAACGGCAGAUCCUUCUCCACCUUCGACAAGGACACAGACUCAGCCAUCACCAACUGCGCCCUGUCCUACAAGGGGGCUUUCUGGUACAAGAACUGUCACCGUGUCAACCUCAUGGGGAGAUAUGGGGACAAUAACCAUAGUCAGGGCGUUAACUGGUUCCACUGGAAGGGCCACGAAUAUUCAAUCCAGUUUGCUGAGAUGAAGUUGAGACCCAGCAGCUUCCGCAAUCUCGAAGGCAGGCGCAAACGGGCAUAAAUUCCAGGGACAGCUGGGUGAGAGAGGAGUAGGGUCCAGAGAAAGAAGAGAAUUUUACCAAAGUAUGAGUAUAACCAGCCCAACCAUCAAGCCCCAGCUGGACAUUUGGCAGCAGUGGAAGUUGACCGUGGGUCAUCGGGGCCAAUGGCAGAAGCACGGGGCUCACCCUCUGUGAUUGCUUCCUUCGCACCAAAGACCACAGUCUCCAACUGUUUUGUUGUUUGAAUCAGCAAGUCUUCCAGUGGCAACAUCACAGUGGUUUUCCUUCUCUUGGGCGGCUCUGGGAAGGGGAGAGGGGCAGGCUGUACAGUGGUAGUUUGUUUUAGUACCAGCUGUAUUUUACAUGAAGCUGUAUAAUUAAUUGUCAUUAUUUUUGUUAGCAGUGAUUCAAUGUGUGUCAUUGGAAGGCGUCCCUUUUUCUACAUUUCAUGCCACAGAAACCAGAAAAGCAAUACUGUUUCCUUUUCUAAGGAUAUGAUUAAUAUUAUUAAUAUAAUAAUAAUGAGGAUGAAAACUAAGGAUUUGUAAAGAGAUCUUCCUUCCCAAAACACAUCCGGACAGUACCUGAUUGUAUUUUUUUUUU